AUGGAUGCUAAUGAAGUUGAAGAAAUUUUCUUUGCCCCUGGUGAUGCCAAGGUACAUGGAGAAAUGUGCAAUGCCCUUUCAGUGAUCUACUGCAAGAUCAUGUCUAUUUUCCCCUCUCUCGAAGAUGCUAGGCCAAGAAGCAAAUCUGGAAUUCAAGCUUUGUGUUCACUUCAUGUAGUUUUAGAAAAAGUGAACAACAUUCUACGCCAUUGCACUGAAUCUAGUAAACUAUAUUUGGCUAUAACAGGAGAAUCAGUAGUUUUGAAAUUUGACAAGGCGAAAUCUUCUCUCAUAGAUAGCCUAAGACGCGUUGAAGACAUAGUCCAACAGUCCAUUAGUUCUCAGAUUUUGGAGAUUUUGAUGGAACUGGAGAACACUCAGUUCUCACUUGAUCCAAUAGAGAAGGAGAUCAGCGAUCAAAUCAUUGGAUUGCUGCAACAAGGAGGCAAAUUUGAGAGCUCAUCAGAAAAUAAUGAACUCGAGGUUUUCCAUCAAGCUGCUACUAGACUAGGUAUCACUUCUUCAAGAGCAGCUCUAACAGAGCGCAGAUGCCUCAAGAAACUCAUAGAGAGGGCAAGAAUGGAAGAUGAUAAGAGGAAAGAAUCAAUAGUGGCUUACCUUUUACAUCUCAUGAGAAAGUACUCAAAGCUAUUCAGAAGUGAGAUGUGGGAUGACAAUGAUUCACAAGGUAGUAGCUCAUUGCCUUGUUCACCGACCAUUCAGGGAUCUCUUGAUGAUGCCCCUGGUCGUGCUUUCGACAGACAGCUGUCAAAACUGAGUUCAUUCAACUUCAGACCUUGUAAUAACAGCAGGAGAUCUUCUGUGCAGAUGUCUGUUCCACCAGAAGAGUUGAGGUGUCCGAUAUCAUUGCAGCUAAUGUAUGAUCCUGUUAUUGUCUCGUCUGGACAAACCUAUGAGAGAAUCUGUAUUGAGAAAUGGUUUAGUGAUGGACACAACACAUGUCCUAAAACUCAGCAGCAGCUCUCUCAUCUAUGCUUGACUCCUAACUACUGUGUCAAGGCUCUAAUCUCUAGUUGGUGUGAACAGAAUGGCGUUCAGGUCCCUGAUGGACCUCCAGAGUCUCUAGACCUUAACUACUGGAGGCUGGCAUUUUCUGAGUCCGAGUCCACCGACAACACGAGAACACCAAAAGGUUUUGUUGGUUCUUGUAAGUUUAAGGAUGUGAAGGUGGUUCCUCUGGAAGAAAGUGGAACUAUUAAAGAGGAAGCAUGUGAAUCUGAAUACCAGGAAGCUGAAGUUACUCUUGUUGAACAAUGUACAGAUUUGUUGACCACUUUGAGUGAAGUGGAUAACUUAAGGAAGAAGUGCAGAGUUGUUGAGCAAAUACGAGUACUGCUAAAAGAUGAUGAGGAGGCUAGGAUUCUCAUGGAGGAAAACGGUUGUGUUGAAGCUUUGCUUCAGUUUCUUGGAGCAGCUCUCCAUGAAAAGAAUGAUUCAGCUCAGAAAGUUGGAGCCUUGGCUCUCUUUAACUUGGCUGUGGACAACAACAGGAACAAGGAGUUGAUGUUAGUAUCAGGAAUCACUCAUCUACUUGAGGAAAUGCUAUGUAACCCACAGUCCCAUGGUUCAGUAACAGCACUUUAUCUAAACCUCUCUUGUCUUGAAGAUGCAAAACCCAUCAUAGGUUCGAGUCUGGCAGUUCCUUUCUUGGUGAAUCUUCUUUGGACAGAGACUGAAACUCAAUGCAAAGUGGAUGCCCUUCACGCUCUUUUUCACCUCUCCACCUACUCUCUCAACAUUCCUUGCCUUCUAUCUGCUGACAUCGUCAACGCUCUUCAAUCACUCACCACUAGUGAUGACCAACGAUGGACGGAGAAGUCCUUAUCUGUCUUGUUAAAUCUUGUUUUGAACGAGGCAGGAAAAGACGAGAUGGUUUCAGUACCUGGCCUUGUGAGCAACCUCGCCACGGUUCUUGACACUGGUGAAGCAAAUGAGCAAGAACAAGCAGUUUCAUUGCUUCUUAUAUUAUGCAACCAUAGUGAGAUUUGUAGCCAAAUGGUUUUACAAGAAGGUGUGAUACCUUCUUUGGUGUCUAUCUCCGUGAACGGGACUCAACAGGGAAGAGAGAGGGCGCAGAAGCUGCUGACACUGUUUAGGGAACUAAGGCAGAGGGAUCAAACCCAUCUUACAACAGAACCACAUGGAGAGGUGACAAGCCAAGAAGAGAAAGAAUCACAUGUAACAGAGUCGAAACCGCAGUGUAAGUCAGCCUCGAGAAAAAAAAUGAGAAGAGCAUUCAGUUUUCUGUGGAAAAGCAAGAGCUUCUCAGUUUACCAAUGUUGA